GUUAGGACGGGGAGGAGUUGCGAGCAAUAAAAGGCUUGCUGGGGUUCCGUUUUUUGGUUUGAGGUUCGAAGGGUCUUCUGAGUCCCGAGGUUUGGGGCUUCUCGAUUGGUCGGCAUCUUGUCAUCGCUCAGUUGAUUCUUAGUAUCGAUUUCUUGGCGCCAUUAUCUUGCGGACCUUUGUUUGCCCACGUGCGGAAGGAGGAAGGCAGUCGCACGUACAGACACACACACACACACACACACACACACACACACACACACACACAGACACACACACACAGAGAGAGAGAGAGAGAGAGAGAGAGAGAGAGAGNACACACACACACACACACACACACACACACACAGACACACACACACAGAGAGAGAGAGAGAGAGAGAGAGAGAGAGAGAGAGAGAGAGAGAGAGAUCUUCGGCCAGCGGUAGUCAUCAUGGUUCUUGCAUUAGCAAUCCGAGGACUGAUAAUGGUCUGCGGGUAUCUCUACCCCGCCUACAAUUGCUACAAGACAGUCGAGCGACCAAGGCCGGAGCCGGAGCAGCUGCGAUUCUGGUGCACGUACUGGAUCAUUAUGGCACUACUCACUGUCUUGGAACGGUUCUCGGACGUCUUCCUACUCUGGCUGCCGAUGUACAAUGAGUUCAAACUGGCUAUUAUUAUAUACUUGUGGUACCCUAAGACAAAGGAUUACCUCAUUCUUUCCUAAAUUUCACAUUUUGUUGUAAAUAAAAUUUGAAUAAAUUUAAAUUGAAAUC